CAUGCUUAGGUCCCAUGGACUAGCAGAUAAACUGCAUAUGUUCUGAAGUUGUACCAGUAUGAUCUAGGACUUAGAAGGUUGUAUUGCUUUAAUGAAAUAUAAGCAGACCGAAAGUAAAGCAGGAUGUUCACAAAAGCGUUUCGUGUGAAGUCUAACACAGUUAUCAAAGGGUCUGACAGGAGGAAGCUGAGAGCCGAUGUCUCGGCUGCGUUCCCGUCCCUGUCCGCGGAUCAACUUGGCGAGCUUGUUCCCAACAAAGAAGAGCUGAACAUUGUAAAAAUCUAUGCGCAUAAAGGCGAUGCAGUUACUCUGUAUGUCCUUCAAAAGAGUCCUAUCUUCUUUCAGCUGGAGAAACAGCUGUACCCUACAGUGUACACGCUUUGGCGAUACGCUGAUAUACUGCCAGCGUUUACCACAUGGCCUCAAGUAGUGCAGAAAUUAAUUGGUGGGGCAGACCUUAUGCUGCCUGGAGUAGUAGUGUCCUCUACAGGACUGCCUGAUGUACAUCAAGGGGAUUGCUGUGCUAUCAGUGUAGUGUCAAACCGGGCUCCGGUGGCCGUGGGCACAGCUGCCUUGUCGAGCAGUGAGAUGAUAAGUAGUGCGAUGAAGGGGAAAGGGGUAAAUGUGUUACACACGUACAUGGACCAGCUCUGGGCUUUUGGGGAUAAAACCGCGCCUCCCGUCAUACCCGUUGCUGAUGGUUCAGUGCAGGUGGAGGGAGGGGUGGAAGGAUUGGAUUCUGGUGGAGAAGGAAAGGAAGAAGUGAUGAAAUGCGAGGGGGAGGAGAGCGAAGGACCCAGAGGCACUCAGGUGGCCGUGCUGGAGUUACCUUGUCAGAACCUGCAGGAUCUCAGCCUGGGAGCGCGAGAGAAAGGGGAGCAGACGGUGGAGGCCACGGAUGAGACGCAGGGAGAAGAGGACUCUCGGUCUCCUCAAAAGCAGAUGGAUUCUCUCUUGUUUCAGUGCUUCCUUCAUGCAUUGAAAAUUAAAGUGAAAAAGUCAGAGCUCCCCCUGCUGACCAGUACCUUCCUGCGCAAGCACAUGGCCGCUUGCUGCCCCAAAGGAAAACAUCUAGACAUUAAAAAAUCCAGCUUUAAAAAGCUUUCAAAGUUUUUGCAGUGCAUGCAGAAAGAGCACAGUUUGGUUCGGGUGAAGGAACUCAGCAAAGGCGUGGACAGCAUCGUGGAGGUGGACUGGAAGAACCCUGAGCUGUGUUCUUUCUGCAUCCCAGAGGACUGGGAACCGCCCGAGGAAGCUGUGGAGGGGGAUGGGAGCAGUGAGUUGCCCUACCAGCCCCCCGUAAUCACGCCCCUGUACGGGGUAACAUCACGCUUGGAGCCACUCUUCCAGGAUGCCCACAGAAAAAAGGGGGCAGUCUUACAAGCGAGUGAGGUGAGGACCAUCAUUACUGACUAUGUUAAAAGAAAUGACCUUGUCCUCGAAAGCAACAAAAGCUAUGUGAGCAUUAAUCCUGUGCUGUGUGACUGCCUGCUGGAGAAGUCAGAAUACCAGGAUGUGGAACUCUUGAAAUGGGAAGACCUCUUAAGCAGGGUUCUCAGCAGGAUGCAGGCAUGCCACCAGUUGCUGUUCCCAGGCCAGGUUCCUGUUGUGAGGAAGGGGCAGGUGGAACCUAUUGACAUCAAUGUGGCCUCCAGGGGUUCGAACAAGAAGGUCACGAUAAUAAAGAAUUUGGAAGGAUUUGGGAUGGACCCAGUUGUUGUGGCUGAGACUCUGCAGCACCGUGUCCAGGCCAGCUAUGUCCUCCACGACAUCCCUGGAGCCAAAGACCGGCAGCUCGUCCAAAUCCAAGGCAACCAGGUUCAGCAUGUCGGCAAGCUGCUACUAGAGCAAUAUCAGAUACCUCGCAAGUAUAUCCAAGGCCUGGACAAAGCUCCAAAACUAGGCAAGAAGAAAUAGCACACGUCCCUCACCAGUGGCUGUACAUUACUGUAACAUAGACAAGAACUACUGACUGAAGUCUCUGUUUGUAAAAGAGGACUACUCCAUACUGCAUGAUUUAAAAUCACAUUCAACCAUGGAUUAAAAUAAUAGAAUAAAAUCUUUUCAUCUUUUUAAAAAUUUCA